UUUCAGUCAACAUCCUGCAAAACGAGUGACUGAGUAAACAGAGAAAGUCUUUGAUCAAGUUUAAGUGUUAAGUGCCAAUUCUGCACAUGUUUGGGAGAAUAAGUACAACAUCGACAGCGUCAGGUGGAAAUACGUUUUCGCAUAAAGAAUGUUUUGAAAGCAUUCGACGAGCUUGCUGUGCUAGCGCGGACAAACGUAAACACGGCGGCACGUCGGCCGCGGCACGGCACGCCGGCGGCACGGCGACGGAGCGGCGGCGGAGCGUGCCACGCGGGGGGGCUCGCGUCACUCGGGCGGCCGCCGUCGCGCGCGAAGCUCGCAAAGUCGCAACAUGUCGGUCCGCGUGGAUCGCGAACGCUUCUCGAGACACUCUUCCCGCGCUUCCGUCGAUCUCGCUUUUGCGAGCGGAUCUGCGCGGGAUCACUCCUUCCGCUCCGUUCACUCGGGUCGUGUGCCGCGCGUGGCCAGUGACGAUUUAAUAGUGCCGGUCCGCACGCUGCGAUCGGCGUCAUGCAGGGCAGCGCCAGGAGCUCCUCACAGGCUGCGCCGCCACCACUCCUCGGCGGCGGAGUGUGAGCGCGCGCGGCGCUCGCGGCGUCACACCUUGGAGUUGCCCAACAGCCGGGGGCCCAGUGUGAGGAGCAGGUCGCCGGAGCCGCCGCCCGCGGCCGCGCCCGAGCCGGAGGCGCCGCUCGAGGACGCCGGCAAGGAGGCCCGCCGCCGGCGCGUGGUCGCCGCCGUGGCCGCGUCGUUCUUCGCGCUGGCGCUGGCGUCGGUGCUCGUGGUCGUGGUCACGCUCACGCACAGCUCGGUGCUCCGCGCCCACAACCAAACAGCCAAGUACUACACGUUCUCCGUGCCGCCGCACCAUCCUCUCAGUGAGCCCCGUUCAUGUUGCCCCACCGUCGCCCUUCCCGCUUCGCAUGCGACUGUGUCCGACCCCGAGUUCCAGGGGCUGCGAACGUCUCCGUGCAACAGACGAUGGACACUCGGGUGCUCCUCGCCGCCGACCAUUGCGUACGGCAAGAGAACGAGCGGCUGAUGCACGACGUCCUUCAGGCGGGAAUCGCCAAUCGCACCCAGUCGUCGGGGGGAUUGCGCUGACGCCGCGCUACUCGCCGCGACCACGACUCGACAACGUCCGGCCCGCCGCCGCGCCGCCUGAACCGCCAGAGGUCGCUCCUAGCGUGGAGGCCCCCCACGACAACGACCAUCGAGGCCUGCCAGCCGCGGACGCUUCCUCGGCCUCGGUGAGCGAUGCCGAAGCAGGCCUCGCGUGAUUUGACUCGACCCGACGACUUGGCUUGGAAUACUUAACCCAUACCUUGCCGUUAUAAUGUCCAAGUUGUCAUAUGGCCUGCAUGGAUCGUUACAGUCAUCAACGCACAAACUAUAAGGAACUGAUGGUUCCGUGAAUUGAGUGUUUAAAGUGUGUAGUUAGUUGUGAAAUUUGUGAAUGGUAAAUACGAAAUGUUGUUUGUUAUAAUACAUGUAUAUCGAUAUUGCAUAUAGGGAGAGAGACUGUCAAUUCUCCUGCUUAAAUUAAGUGUACUAGUAGGUAUGUGGUUAUAAAUAUAUUUGAAUUGUACGAAUGUACGAUUUGGAACUUAAUGUUAGAGUAUUCGCUUAUAU